UCCAUUUCCAUCUUCCUCUACGCGAAGGGAAUCAAAAAAAGGCACUCGUUUCAAUUUGUUUGUUUCUCUCUAGAGAUAAUAUUCAAGAACUCACCGUCGUCUCUCUCUCUUAAAAAAUUUAUAACAAAUCCUCUAAUUGCAUCGAAAUCUGUGGAUUGAUUCUUUGAAGCAUUAAUCGUUCUGUAGGGGUUUUGGACGAAUUUUUAUUUAGCAAUUUCUGGAUCGACUUUGGUUUUUUUCCUUUGUAUUACCAUCUAGAUAAGUUACCGAUCCGAUAUUGAUAUGGCCGAUUCUAGGAAGGGAGAUGCCGGAGACGAUCACCACGGUCGGCCUAAUGACGGCGAGGAUGUUUCCGAUUCGUCGACCAUCGAUUCUCGAUCUAACGAUGCCGCUGGAUCCGAACCGACGAGGGUCGAUAGUAGAGUUUCAGAUCCGUUGACUGACGAAGGCCGACGAGACUUUUUGCUUGGGGAGGAUAGGGUUUUGCGGUGGUUGCAGGCUUUGGAUAUGCAAGUCCUGGGAGCUUGUCGAGGUGACGAGAGAUUGAAGCCGUUGUUGAAGCUGAAUGUAUCUAACGGUAUGGCCGAAGAUCGAUUGCUCGCGCAUCUUAGUCAGCAUUUCGAGCCGGCCGAAAUUGGUAUGCUGGCCAGAUGUUUUUGCAUACCUCUGGUUUCACUACGCGUCGGGAAGAUCAAGAAGGAGGGGACCCUAAUGCGACCCACUCACAUAAGGGGUAGCUUGAGCCUUAUGGUUUUGCCAACAUCGGACUUGCGACUCUCAUUUAUCGGCGACAAUGGUCACUCAGAACAACUUUUUACUUAUACCAGCAAAACUCAGUGCUCCGCGGUGUCAAUUGAGGAGAUAACUGCAGACAGCUCUGGUAGAUCGUUUGUUAUAAGGAUCGCAGAUGGCAAUGCUUUUUACUACUGGUGCUCAGAGAAGUCAAAACUUCUGGGAACUGAAUUACGUCAGAAGAUGGAAGACCUGAUCAAGAAGAAGCCAUCAAUCUCGGAACUAACUGGAAUUGAAGAAUCGCGUCUUGGCUCUGUGGCUUCUCAUCUCCGUUUGUAUCUCAUGGGCUCUGUGGUGCCUAAUAUGAAAGGUUGUCCCGUCCCAACUCUUGAUUCAUUAUCGUCUUCUGGAUCUUCCGAAACUGGUGAUUCCUCCUCCUCUAGUAGUGCAUCAUCGAAAACUCUUAGAGCACGCCACUCUGGGACUCAACUGACAAAGGCUCAAGAAAGCCUCAGCCCUAGAUCAAGCUCCUUUAAAGAAAACACACUGAGAAACUCUUCUACACGUAUCUCCUCUAGAGAUAAAUCAAAGCGACGCAGUGAAGGCCAUUUCUCAGUCUUUGAAGAUAAUUCACCCAUCACCUCCAUCCCCACGAAUGUAGAUGGUUUUAUCAAGUCAGAAGGAGAAAGUGAAGACGCCGCAUCGGAUAAUAACGGAAGCUAUCAUCAGAUGAUCGAUUCUUCUGAAGCAGCGGAGUUAGCAGCAAGUACAAUGACCUUACCACCCGACUUUCCAUUGAAGAAGAUGGGUCCACCAGUGUUUUCUCCUUACUACUGCUGGUGCCCUCCAAGCACCUCAUCGCUUCUUCACGCACCAUCUGCCUCGUAUCAGUUCCCUCCACUAUCCAUCGAGCUACCUUCGCUUCCGCCUCUUUCCUCCUUAUUACCUGCAUCAGCAUCCGAUGGGUUCUUGAUCCCAUCAUCACCGCUCGAUCUCUCUGACAUCCCUCCGUUGCCUUUAGUCCACCACAUACCCAUUCCGGGUGGUUCAUCAUCACAGCAGAUGAUGAUCCCUAUAAUGUGCGACCAUCCUAUUGUUCAUAUUCCGGUUAUCGAUAUAUGCUCGUCCGGGCAAGCCUAUCUUGUAAGUGCUGGACCUACCGGGAUGAUACCCACGAGCAUCACUCCGCUCCCAGUGGAGAAUGAUUCGCUGGUUGAGAAAGGCGCAAGAGAAACACUGCGAUUGCUCAUAAGCGGAGCCAAUGCAACAACCUCCUCUGCUCCUUUGAACCAUCACCAUGGGAGCAGAGGUCUAUACAGUGGGACUCGGGACGUGAGUGGUGUGAGCUUGUUUGCUCCUAUCGGGCUACAACAGCCGAGUGCAGGUGAUGGAGGAGAUGGUGGUAGCGAGAGUGUGAGUUCAGGCGAAGCAGUGCCUCUGCCUCCAAGAGAGACUUCUGGUUAGUUUUUUUUUUUUCGUACGUGUUUCCGAAAUGGAAUUUAAAAAAGUGUAUAGAAACAGGGCCGUGCCGAUGUUAAGUAAAUGGAAACAGCUUGUGAAUAUAUUUUUCUUUUGGGAAUAUAUUUUGAAAUUAAAAUGUA